UCAUUGGUCUGCGUAUUUGAUUUGGCACAGUUCCUUCCUGAUGCAGCCCUCCCCAGUUUUAUCCGGGCUUGGGACCGGCACUGAGAGCGCACUGUUGCUGGGGUUGGUCCCCUGGCCAGGAAUCGAACCUGGGCCACAGCAGUGAGAGCGCUGUGGCCUGACCACUAAUGCUUCAGGGACCCUACUUUUGGUCACCAUUACAGAGUAAAAAAAAUGCAUUUAACCCUGAAAGGCUGUAAGCCAAUCAAAAGACGGAAUGUGCAAGUUUUAAAUAAUUACAUAUUGAGUCCCAAUCAAAAUAAAGCAAUUUCCUUCAAAAAGUCUACACUUCAGGCAUCAAACACUUACUCAAUGGCAGCAAUGUUGGAGUCAGUGGAAACAGUUGAGCAUUUCUGGCCUACUUUAACAGGUAUCUUCAGUUUUAAAUGCUUCAAAGGGAACUGUGCGAUAAUAAUGAUCUACAUGUGAAUACAUGGAUAUAUUGACAUUUCACAGCUCAACAUCCAACCUAUGGAAACAUGUACAGGGUAACCAUUAGCUGAGUGAGCUAGACUAGCUAGACAGGUCUUUUGAUUUUCAUUUUAUAGUUUGAAAGCUUUGUAUUAAACUUAAGAUGUCACGCUGAUGUUCAAUAGUGAUUGGCUGUUUUGUUAAAUAUAUGUAAGUGCUGCUACAAUUGCUCAAAAAUGCUUUAUUUAGAUAUAGAACAUUUUCGGUUUCAUUGUGUCAGUUGUAGACAUGUAAAAAAAAUAAUAAAAAAUAAUUACUCAAGUAGUUUUUCAUCAGAUGAUGUUCUUUUGCUUGAGUAAAAGUCAAGUAAAGUCUCUUUUCGUCAAGAGAAUUAUAACUGGAGUAGCAGUACUUUUACUCAAGUCAGUGCGUUUUGUAUUCUUUGCACCUCUGGUUAAUUGAGAGCCAUUACUGAGUUAAAGCGGGUGUGUUAGAGCAGGAAAAAGACUAAAGUGUGCAGAACAGUGGGUACUCCAGGACCAGGGUUGGGAUCCUGUGCCUUAAACUCUAGAUGACUGGAGGUUCUGUUCUUAGCAGGUGAAGAGGCGGGCUGAGGUUACAGACUCGCCUCCGUCUCUGAUGGAAGAAAAACAUUAAGAAAAAGACAAGGUUUCCAGAGCACACGCCCCACUUUGACUUUUCACCAGCCUCUAAGAACGCUGGGAAAUGACUAAAGGGGAGUGGGCAGAUGAAAGGGACUGUUGAAAGCAGCAUCCUCUUUGCUGUCUUGACUGAGGCGAUGGAUUUUAGAGCAGGUAGAUGUUCUAGUUUGGCUCUGACUAAAAAGGCCAUUUGAUAAGCCUCUUUCUUCCUCUUUCUUAUCUUUCUUAUCUCUGCUGUUUGUGCAUUGUCACAGUUUGCUGGUUGUUACCAUUUUGUUUUGUUCAGUGUUAAAGACUGUGACGGUUCUAUAUUGCUAUAAUUGACCAAUAAAUAAAUAAAUAAAUAAAACCCUAAAAUAAAACCCUUUGGAAAUGAGGCCAUCUAGACUUAUCCUUUGAUCUGCUCUGUCCUCUGCUCAGAAGCUGCGGCAUGAAGAGGAAUUUAUCAUAGCAACUGGCUUUGAACGAACAAAAUCACAAACAAACGAAAGGAGAAAUCGAUCGCAAGUGUCUCUCAGAAUGAUGAACUGGCACUUCUGUCAAAAAUCAAUGGCUUUUCUAUCUCUCCAGGUCCUCGGUCUUGAAAAUGGCAUUUUGAUGUGUGGCGAAAGCCUCGACCAAUAAUGGCCCAUAGGAUAAGCAAUAUAAAGCUUACAGAUGAUCCACUGUUGCUGGUUGCACCGCAUGUCAUCUUCUACAACCAUCAGACAGUCUCCUGCAAAAACAUCUGCGCUCUCUAGACAGAUCUGAGAGAUAGUGUCUCCAUCAUGAGGCUUCUGUUGAAGAACCUGGAUAAAAUGAGAUGUUUACGUAAGCGCUCCACCAUCCCCUUUUUGGUGAUUCUCAUCACCUUUCUGCUCUUCAUGAACCUUUACAUGGAGGAUGGCUAUGUGCUGGAGGAGGAUAAACGGCAGCUGAGGGAGGUCUCGAUGCACCCGCUAAAUUCUGAGCGAUACGUUCACACCUUCAAAGACAUCACCAAUUUUUCUGGAACCAUUAAUGUGACAUACCGCUACCUUGCUGGGACGCCUUUGCCUCGAAAAAAGUACCUCACGAUUGGAUUGUCAUCAGUGAAAAGAAAACGGGGAAAUUACCUUUUGGAGACCAUCAAGUCCAUUUUUGACCAGUCCAGCUAUGAAGAGCUCAAAGAGAUUGUAGUUGUGGUUCACUUAGCAGAUUUUGACCUGGCUUGGUGUGAGAGUUUGGUUCAGGAGAUCACCCGCAAAUUUGGGCAUCACAUCAUCGCAGGACGUCUACUGGUCAUUCACGCACCUGAGGAGUAUUACCCGUCUCUUGACGGGCUGAAGCGAAACUACAACGACCCUGAGGAUAGAGUUCGGUUCCGUUCCAAGCAGAAUGUAGACUAUGCUUUCCUCCUCAACUUCUGCACCAACCUCUCCCACUUCUAUAUGAUGCUGGAGGAUGAUGUGCGAUGCUCACGGAAUUUUCUCACUGCUCUAAAGAAGGUAGUCACUUCCAGAGAGGGGUCGUACUGGGUCACUCUGGAGUUCUCCAAGCUGGGCUACAUUGGGAAGCUUUACCACUCUAGAGAUCUUCCCAGACUGGCACACUUUCUGCUCAUGUUCUAUCAGGAGAUGCCUUGUGAUUGGCUGCUGAUUCAUUUCCGAGGCCUGUUGGCCCAGAAGGAAGUGAUCCGCUUCAAGCCAUCGCUUUUCCAGCACAUGGGCUACUACUCGUCGUACAAGGGGGCUGAGAAUAAACUGAAGGAUGAUGACUUUGAGGAGGACUCACUCGAUAUUCCAGACAACCCCCCUGCCACACUGUACACUAACAUCAAUGUGUUUGAGAGUUAUGAUGCUGCCAAAGCUUACAGCAGUGUGGAUGAGUACUUCUGGGGCAAGGCUCCUUCCACCGGGGACUUUUAUGUCAUAGUGUUCAACAAGCCGACAAAAAUCAGCAGAAUUAAGAUCAGCACUGGAACAGAUGACCGUCAGAAUGACAUUUUGCAUCAUGGAGCGUUAGAAGUUGGAGAGAAACUGGUGGGAACAAAAAAAGGCAGGCAGUGCUCCUCCUACAUCACAUUAGGAGAGUUUAAACAUGGGAACAUUGAGGUUCACAAUGUGGACCAUAAAAUCGCUUUUGAUAUUGAGUGCGUUCGCAUUGUGGUCACAGCAAACCAGAAGGAAUGGCUGAUCAUCAGAAGUAUAAGCCUGUGGACUACUCAGCCUCCAAAUCAGUGAGAACUGCUGUGGAUCAUUACAACUGUCACACAAAAGGCACAACAAUCAGUCAUUCAGUUUGCUUGGUAUAUUUAUCUAUUUAUUUUUAGUUUAUUAUCUAUUUAUUAUGUUUACUAUUUAUUUGAUUAUUUAUUCAUUUUUAUAUAAGAUCCCUUCAGUUUUGCUUCAUACCUUAACUAUAUAUAAAAAAAAAAGUAUGUGAUGAACUGAUAGAUUGAUAUUUUUCUGAAUCGUCAUUAAUAAGAACACUGUAGGUUUAUGCUGUUUUUUAUGUGAUUAUGCCAUAAUCUCUUCAGCAGUCUGACUGCUGGUUCCGUCAUUUGGCAGUGGCAUUUUCACUCAUAGCCUUGGGAUGUCCACUUACAUGCUCAUGAUAUAGUAAAGCUGCUUGAUAAAUUGUAAACAUACAAAGAUUUGUUGUUUGAUAUUUCUUUUUUUCCCAUUUUUGAUCCAUUUCCUUUCAUUAUAUCAUCCAAUAAGCAAGCAUUUGGUCAAUGUGACACUGAAUAUACAAUGUAUUGUGGCAUGAAUUUAGUCGACUGCACUUCACAUUGUCUCCCCACUAAAUGGUAAAAGGAAUGUCAUUUAUUCAAUCGACCUUGGGCCUGGAGGGUCACGUUUAGUCUAGUGUUUUGAAAUUGCAGUGUGUAAUUUGUUGGUGUGUUCCUUCAGAAGCAUGGACCACAACACAGUGUUUCUAUUCACCCAUCAUUGAAGGCUUGUGAUUGAACAGUACAGUGACAAAUGAGGCGGACCUGUUCUACCUUCCACUCAUUCUUUUUUGCCCCUCUUUUGCCUCAGCACAAUUUUGCCCAAGUAAAUUGGAUUUUGUUUGGUUUUCUUGCGGUAUCCAAAGAUACACCAGUUACAGAUGGGCUCUGUAUUCUGUAAAAUCAAUUCAUAUAUAAAAAGAAAAUGACCAAGUAGCAAUGCAUAUACAGCAUGAUUAUCUAAAAAUUAUUAAUGUUAUGCUCAGAAAUAGGAGUAUUAUGAUAUAGUAGUAGGGGAAAAUCUCUUCACUCAUAUCUUACCAAUGUGCAUAUCAGGUUGCUCCAUUUUUUAACGUGAUUUUUUUCCCUUCCGGAUAAAUUAAUUUUUAUCCUAGCAACAAGGCAAGUAUUAUUACAAAACAAUAUUUUUUUUCAAUUGCUGUUUUUCUCCAAAGAAAAGCACAGGUCCUGUUUCAGAGAGCCACCUGAGGAACUGAUGGUUUGGGUUUCCAAUUGAAUUAUACGAUUACUGGAAGGUGUUUGUUGACUCAAUAAUGAAACACAUGAAAACACAUCACUCAACAGUGCAUGAGCCAGGGAAGAAUAUUGCAUUGUGAGUAAUCCUGUUAUUUGUUUUAAGGUUUUAUUACUUGUCUCCAAACUGUCUGCUUUGACUUUGACCAGCAACGUACUGUACUUGGUUUGGUAUAAUUGGUCCAAAUACUACCGCAGUGUACAUCUCUCUCAGUGUACUGCAUAGGUCUUUAAGUGAAGAGAAUGCUUGAUGAUGUAUAUUUAUGUUGUAUUUUCGUCACCACAUCGUUUGUCAUAUGGUACUGUAUGUAUAUUGUAAAAUGAUGUAUAUUUUUUUACAUGUAUCAUUAUAAUUGUUUGCCUUGUAUAUUGUAUCUGAAGUGUUGAAACAAAAAUGAAUGCCAUUUGAUCUGGAAAAAAAAAUGUGAACCUAUUUGUGUGUCUAGUGUCUUUUCACACUUUUUACAGAGAUGCACACACUCAGAUACACUGAACCCACAAAGAUGCCCUAAAAACUCAAGUACAAACUCUAAAUAAUUUGCUGGUGUGUACGUUAACUUUCACGCAUAGUGGCACAUAAUACAUUUAGAAUGUAUUUAUUAAUUUGUAAUAUUACAUAAUACAUUUAUUAGACAUUGAUUAGCUUUAUCUGCUCCCAGAGCUUAUUUACUUUAGACAUACAAGAUUUUACAAGUCCAAAUACUCCACCCUAUUUGGAAUUUGCUUUCCCCUCUUCACUGUCAAGUAAACAUUACCUUGUGGGGUAUUUAAAUAAGGUUUAAACUCAAAAAAAGCACUCAUGAACAUUACUGCCUCUUAUAACAACAUGGCUGAAAGCUGAUAUGCCCUCAAAAUCAUUCAUCUAUAUGUUAAUAUGCUUAGUGCCAUUUUAAUAUAGAUAUAAAAUGAAUUUACAAUUAAUUUACUGUGCAGUCACCUGUAGGUGAAUUGCCUUUGUGCAGUCCCUUUGUUUGUGUUACACACACGCACAGUGCGUUAUAUACACUAUAGGGGCAUUCAACUAAAAUUUGUAAAGGUCCAGUUACAU